CCACUCUGCAAGUAAAGGACUUAACUCAAACUGAUGAUUCUGUGCUCUCUGACCGGAGCCCUCUAGUGGUCAAUCAUCCAACCAACCAGUUUCAGGGGUCCAAUACCCAACAUUAUGUGCUGCUUUCAGAUUGGUAUCCAGACAGAACCAACAGCAGCCAACAGGUUGUAGUGUGUUGUCUCACCUCGUUCUGCUGGUCUACACUCUGCUAUGAAUGUGUCUGAGGAGAGAGAGGAGGGAGGUUCUACCUCCAAAACCACUCUGUCUGGGGAACAUGACAGCCAGACCAAAGCUAAGAGUCCAGUCCAUCUGGAGAGACCAGUCUCCCCUGUACCCAGCUGUGUGUCCAUGAAGAGUGGCUGGUCUAUGGAUCCACCUCAUACAUUCAGAGAUGGACACCCCUCUACUGAACAGAGCAGGACCCAUCAGGAGAGACCAGGCUCUAGUCUGCAGCCCUCCCCGGCUCUGAAGAGGGGGCGGAGCAGCGACCGGGACGACUCGGAAGAGGGGGGGCCAAGUACAAUUCGGAGAAAAAGGGGGGGAAAUGAAAAAAGAGAACAGGAGAGACCAGACUCCCCUGUACCCAGCUGUGUGUCCAUGAAGAGUGACAGGUCUAUGGAUCUACCUCGUACAUUCAGAGAUGGACACCCCUCUACUGAACAGAGCAGGACCCAUCAGGAGAGACCAGACCCCCCUGCACCCAGCUGUGUGUCCAUGAAGAGUGACCACUCUAUGGAUCCACCUAAUAAUUUCAAAGAUGGACACCCCUCUACUGAACAGAGAGACCACCAGGAGAGGUCAGAGGUUCUCAGUGGUCAGUCUGUCCAGGAGCAUCAAACAGACCUGGACUCCAUAUUUAUGCUGCUUGAGGAGAACAUUGUCACUUUUGUGAAGAAGGAGCUGAAGAGGUUCCAGAAGGUUCUGAGUUCAGAUUACCCAGACUGCUUAGGGAGACAGAGGGAAGAGGAGGAGCAGAGCAGGAGUACCAGAGAGGCACUUCUGAAGAUCACCCAGCACUUCCUGAGCAGUAUGAAGCAGGAGGAGCUGGCUGCCCGUCUGGAGAGCAAAAACCUUGUUCCCAUGUGCCGGAGUAACCUCAAAGCAGCUCUGAAGGAGAAGUUUCAGUGUUUGUUUGAGGGCAUCGCUAAACCAGGAGAGUCAACACUUCUGAAUCAGAUCUACACAGAGCUCUACAUCACAGAGGGAGGCAGUGGAGAGGUCAAUAAUGAACAUGAGGUCAGGCAGAUUGAAACAGCAUCCAGGAAACCAGCGAGACCAGAAACACUGAUCACAUAUGAUGACAUCUUUAAACCCUUACCUGGACAAGAUAAACCAAUCAGAACAUUGAUGACAAAGGGAGUGGCUGGCAUCGGGAAAACAGUCUUAACAAAGAAGUUCACUCUGGACUGGGCUGAAAACAAAACCAACCCCAAUAUACACUUCACAUUUCUGUUCACGUUCAGAGAGCUGAAUGUGCUGAAAGAUAAAAAGUUCAGCUUGGUGGGACUUCUUCAUCACUUCUUUAUUGAAACAAAAGAAGAAGGAAUCUGCAGCUUUGAUGAGUUCCAAGUUGUGUUCAUCUUUGACGGUUUGGAUGAGUGUCGACUUCCUCUGGACUUCCAGAACAAUGAGAUCUGGACUGAUGUCACAAAGUCCACCUCAGUGGACGUGCUGCUGACAAACCUCAUCAAGGGGAAUAUGCUUCCAUCUGCUCGCCUCUGGAUAACCACACGGCCUGCAGCAGCCAACCAGAUCCCUCCUGAGUGGGUUGACAUGGUGACAGAGGUGAGAGGGUUCACUGAUCCACAGAAGGAGGAGUACUUCAGAAAGCGAUUCAGAGAUAAGGCGCAAGCCAGAAGAAUCAUCUCACACAUCAAGACAUCACGAAGCCUCCACAUCAUGUGUCACAUCCCAGUCUUCUGUUGGAUCACUGCUACAGUUCUGGAUCACAUGUUGGGAACAGAUGAGAGAGGAGAGAUGCCCAAGACCCUGACUGAGAUGUACAUCCACUUCCUGGUGGUUCAGUCCAUCCAGGGGAAUGUGAAGUAUCAUGGGAGAUCUGAGACACAGCCACACUGGAAUACCGAGAGCAGGAAGAUGAUUGAGUCUCUGGGGAAACUGGCCUUUGAACAGCUGGAGAAAGGCAACCUGAUCUUCUAUGAAGCAGACCUGACAGAGUGUGGCAUUGAUAUCAGAGCAGCCUCAGUGUACUCAGGAGUGUUCACGCAGAUCUUUAAAGAGGAGUGUGGGCUCUACCAGGACAAGGUCUUCUGCUUUGUCCAUCUGAGCAUUCAGGAGUUUCUGGCUGCUCUUUAUGUCUUUCUCUCAUUCAUCAAAACUGGAGUCAAUCUGCUGUCAGAAACCCAGUCAACCUCCUGCAGGUCUAAACCACUUGGAGAUGAACGUGAAAAACCAGACCUCUACCAGACAGCAGUGGACAAGGCGUUAGAGAGUCCAAACGGACAUCUGGACUUGUUCCUGCGCUUCCUCCUGGGCCUCUCACUGGAGCACAGUCGGAAUCUCCUACGAGGCCUGCUGGGAAAGACAGGAAGUAUGUCAGAGACCAAUAAGAAAAGAGUCCUGUACAUCCAGGAGAAGAUCAGGGAGGAUCUCUCUCCAGAGAGAAGCAUCAAUCUGUUCCACUGUCUGAAUGAACUGAAUGACCAUUCUCUAGUGGACGAGAUCCAACAGUACCUGACAUCAGGAAGACUCUCCACAGACCAGCUCUCUCCUGCUCAGUGGUCAGCUCUGGUCUUCAUCUUACUGUCUUCAGAAAAGGAGCUGGAGGUGUUUGACCUGAAGAAAUACUCUGCUUCAAAGAAGGGUCUUCUGAGGCUGCUGCCAGUGGUCAAAGCCUCCAGUACAGCUCUGUUGAGUUCCUGUAAUCUGUCAGAGAGGAGCUGUGAAGUUGUGUCCUCAGUCCUCAGCUCCUCCUCCUCUAGUGUGAGAGAACUGGACCUGAGUAACAAUGAUCUGCGGGAUUCAGGAGUCAAGCUGCUCUCUGCUGGACUGGGGAGUCCACAAUGUAGACUGAAAGCUCUCAGGUUGAGUUACUGUAAUCUGUCAGAGAGGAGCUGUGAAGUUGUGUCCUCAGUCCUCAGCUCCUCCUCCUCUAGUGUGAGAGAGCUGGACCUGAGUAACAAUGAUCUGCAGGAUUCAGGAGUCAAGCUGCUCUCUGCUGGACUGGGGAGUCCACAAUGUAGACUGGAAACUCUCAGGUUGAGUUACUGUAAUCUGUCAGAGAGGAGCUGUGAAGUUGUGUCCUCAGUCCUCAGCUCCUCCUCUAGUGUGAGAGAGCUGGACCUGAGUAACAAUGAUCUGCAGGAUUCAGGAGUCAAGCUGUUCUCUGCUGGACUGGGGAGUCCACAAUGUAGACUGGAAACUCUCAGGUUGUCGGGCUGUCUGGUCUCAGAGGAAGGUGUUUCUUCUCUGCUCUCAGCUCUGAGCUCCAACCCGUCCCAUCUGAGAGAGCUGGACCUGAGCUACAACCAGCCAGGAGACUCAGGAGGGAAGCUGCUCUCUGCUGGACUGGAGGAUCCACACUGGAGACUGGACUCUCUCAGGCUGGACCAUGCUGGAGUGUGCUGGUUGGAGCCGGGUCUGAGGAAGUAUGCCUGUGAACUCACACUGGACCCAAACACAGCACACAGACGCCUCCUUCUGUCUGAGAACUACAGAAAGGUGACAUGGGUGAUGGAGGAGCAGUCGUAUCCUGAUCAUCCAGACAGAUUUGACUCCUGGACACAGGUUCUAAGUAGCGAGAGUCUGACUGACCGCUGUUACCUGGAGGUACAGUGGGAAGGAGUUGUUGAUAUAGGAGUGACUUACAGAAGAAUCACAAGGAGAGGAGGAGGUAAAGACGGUCAUCUUGGAUAUAAUGAAAAGUCCUGGAGUCUGAUGUGUACUAGUGAUAGAUACACUGCCUGUCAUAAUGGUAGAGGCACAAAGAUAAGUAUCUCCCCCUCCUCCUCUGACAGAGUAGGAGUGUAUCUGGACUGGUCUGCUGGAACUCUGUCCUUCUACAGAGUCUCUUCUGACACCCUGACACGCCUCCACACCUUCACCUCCACAUUCACUGAACCUCUCCAUGUUGGGUUUAGGGUGAUGUCACGUCACUCCUCAGUGUGUGUGUGUGUGUUAGAUAGAGGAGGUAGAGACGCCUCCUGUGUCCUGGAGGAACACUCACACUCCUGCUGACAUGAUAGAUCACUCUGUACACACACACACACACACACACACACACACACACACACACACACACACACACACACACACACACACACACAGGUGUAGUUGGGUCCGAGGUGUUUGUGUUAUGUACCCAAACUAACACACAUAUCCAAACUAACACACAUAUCCACACUAACACACAUACCCAAACCAACACACAUAUCCACACUAACACACAUACCCAAACCAACACACAUAUCCACACUAACACACAUACCCAAACCAACACACAUAUCCACACUAACACACAUACCCAAACCAACACACACAUCCAAACUAACACACACAUCCAAACUAACACACAUACCCAAACCAACACACAUAUCCACACUAACACACAUACCCAAACUAACACACAUACCCAAACUAACACACUGCCCUUUGCAAUACACAAUGAAAAUGCAUAGAUUCAACUUCCAGUAGCAAAGUAAGCAGGAAUUGCCAAAGGGUUGAGCUUUGAAUAUUUUGAGGGAUUAAAUCAUGCUUUACGUUAUGAUCUUUUAAGAUUUUUGAUACCUUCUCCACACAAUUUCUUUAUUAAUUUUACGGUGAAUCAUGUUCUUUUUUUAUCACUUUAGUUUUUAUUGAUGUUUUUAGGUCAAUCAUCCGUAUUCAGAAGUAAACAUUGAAUUAUCUACAUUUACUUGCACACAAGCCCAACAGGGCAACUCAAAACAAACAAACAAAAAAACACACAAAAAAAAUGAACUACAUGAGCUUCCUGUGUUUCGUCUAACUUUCCAGUCUUAAGUGUUGUCAUGAAUUAUGUUGUCGCGUGUUUGCUCCUUAAACCAUGUCCAUUUCUUCCACUGGUCUUCCAUCCGAGGUACUGUAAGUCUCAAUCGAUGAGUCAGUUUCUCCAUUGUAUGAAUGUCUUCCACUAUUUCCAGCUAUUGUCCUUGUGUGGGGGCGUCCACCUGGCACCAUUUUCUUGUGAUUGCCUUCUUAGCCGCAAUCAGCAGUAUCUUAACCAAACAUCUAUCACUUGGCCCUAUAUCGUCGUUUUUAGAAUUACAGAAACAGAGGGUCAUAUAGCUCUUAGGGAAGUCAUAUCCCAGUACCUUUUGUAUUGCAUCAUGAACCAUCUCCCAAAACAUCGCUAUCUUAUUACAUUUCCAAAAUAUAUGCGAGUGGUCUACAUCCUCUGUUCCACAUUUCCUCCAGCAUGAAAGUUUGGUGCUGGAGUAUCUAUUUUUGAUUUUUGGUGUAAUAAAAAAACGUAUCAGAUUUUUCCAGGAGAAUUCCCUCCAUAUCCCCGAACUAGUGGAGGAUUGAUGAACUUUCCACAUAUUCUGCCAGUCCUCCUCUGUAAUUUCUGUGUCAAAUUAUAAUUCCCAUUUUUCUUUUAUAUACUAUGUAGUUGAGUGGUUAUUAGUUGUGAGAGCUUGAUAUAGUACAGAUAUAGUCCUAGAUUUUCUCCCUUUAUAUGCGUUGAUUAUAAUUUGAAUCACACUGUUCACCUCCAUGGAGGGUCCUCCCCUGAUACGUUUGUUGUAAUAAUCCCUUAAUUGUAAAUAUCUAAAGAAGUCAUGAUUCUCCAAAUCAAACUUGUCUUUCAUACCCUGAAAACUCUCCAUCUCCCCUUUUUCCUCUAGAGUGCACCAUGCUGUGAUUCCCCAGUUAACCCACAGUUUAAAAACAGUGUCAUGCCUCGCUGGAGUAAAGUCUCUAUCAUAUGCUACCCAUCUCAAUAACUGUAUCUCAUCUUGUAAUUUGUUGAUUUUAAUCAAUUUAAACCAUAACCCCAGUGUAAAUAAUGUGACUGAAUCCACGUGGGUUUUUGUUUUCUUGUAUACUUCUUUAUCCCCUAAAAUAUUCUGGAUAGGGUACCACCAUAUUCCCUUUCCAUGACUUUCCACUUGGCCAUGUAAUCUUGCCUACGCCAGUCAACAGCAUAUCUCAGCUGGGCAGCUUUGAAAUAUUCUUUUAGAUUUGGUAAACCCAUACCUCCCUUUUCCUUUGAGAGUUGGAGAGUUUCAUACCUUACUCUGGGCUUCUUCCCUCCCCAAAUAAAUCUAGAUUUUGUCCUAUCCCACCUAUCAAAUUGAGCUUGAGUCACCUCUACAGGCAACGAUUGGAAUAGGUAAAGAAGCCUUGGUAGAAUAUUCAUUCUGUCUCAAUUCUUGAGCUGAAGUCAAGUGGCAGAGUGGACCAUCUAUCAGUAUCCUUUUGCAUCACAUCGUUGAUCUUGCCGUAAUUUGCUUUAUGUAAUUUAGACAAUUCCUUGGUAAUGUAAAUUCCCAAAUAUUUGAUUUUGUUUAGAUUCCAAUUAAAGUCAAAUUUUCCCUUGAAUUCUGUGGUUGGAGUAUAAUUGAGAACUAGAACCUGUGUUUUUGAGAUGUUAAUUUUAUAUCCAGAUAAAUGACCAUGUAACCCACAUGAUUACAUGUACCCUGUGACGUAUAUAAGUUCCACGAGUAGCCUCUAGGAGGCACACGAGCUACAGAGUUUAAACCAUGCAAACAACCAUCGACAAUAGAGAAGGGAAAUACGGAUAU